CCAUAUAAAGUGGUGCUUUCCUUUCUUUCUCGUCCCCACCGUCCCGUAUAGUGCCACUGUAUCUCUCUUUCUUCCUCUUCUGUGGAGGAAACUGAAACAAAAAAGAAACAGUGAGCAAGAUCAAUUCACGGCAAUAGAAUAUAGAAAAUGGCUCUCAAACUCACUCCCAUCACAUCUCAAUCUCCAAAGUUUCCAUCUUUUGCUCUUCCCCCAAUGGCUAGCUUCAGAUCUCCCAAGUUCCUCAUGGCCUCCACCCUCCGCUCUGGCUCCAAGGAGGUUGAGAAUCUAAAAAAACCAUUCAUGCCACCUCGAGAGGUUCAUGUUCAAGUAACACAUUCAAUGCCACCUCAAAAGAUUGAAAUUUUUAAGUCAUUGGAGGGUUGGGCUGAGGAGAACAUCUUGUUUCACCUGAAGCCAGUGGAGAAGUGUUGGCAACCUCAGGAUUUUCUGCCAGAUCCUAGCUCGGAUGGAUUUCAUGAGCAGGUCAGGGAAUUAAGGGAGAGGGCUAAGGAGAUUCCAGAUGAUUACUUUGUUGUUCUGGUUGGAGAUAUGAUCACAGAAGAGGCCCUACCAACUUAUCAAACAAUGCUAAAUACCUUAGAUGGAGUUCGAGAUGAAACUGGCGCAAGCCUUACUUCUUGGGCAAUUUGGAAUAGGGCAUGGACUGCUGAAGAGAAUAGGCAUGGUGACCUUCUAAAUAAGUAUCUCUACCUUUCUGGACGAGUAGACAUGAGGCAAAUUGAGAAGACAAUUCAGUAUUUGAUUGGAUCUGGAAUGGAUCCUCGGACAGAGAACAGUCCAUAUCUUGGUUUCAUCUACACUUCGUUCCAGGAAAGGGCUACUUUUAUCUCUCACGGAAACACAGCGAGGCUAGCCAAGGAGCAUGGGGACUUGAAAUUGGCACAAAUAUGCGGUACAAUAGCCUCGGAUGAGAAGCGGCAUGAGACUGCCUACACUAAGAUAGUGGAAAAGCUGUUUGAGAUUGAUCCUGAUGGAACAGUGAUAGCUUUUGCUGACAUGAUGAGGAAGAAAAUCUCAAUGCCUGCUCACUUGAUGUUUGAUGGGCGUGAUGAUAGUCUAUUUGAGAACUUCUCUGCUGUUGCACAGAGGCUGGGGGUGUACACAGCCAAAGACUAUGCUGAUAUAUUGGAGUUCUUGGUGGGCAGGUGGAAGGUGGAGAAGCUAAAUGGACUUUCAGGGGAAGGGCGCAAAGCUCAGGAUUACGUCUGUGGGUUGGCACCGAGGAUUAGAAGGCUGGAGGAAAGAGCUGCAGGAAGAGCAAAGCAAGCGCGCAGGAUACCAUUUAGUUGGAUUUAUGAUAGAGAAGUGAGUCUCUAAUGGGGAGGCUGGAGAAAACAGGGGUGGUCACUCUUGAGUCAAUCCCCUCCUUGUUGUUGCGGAGAUUGGAAUGGAUAAAAAGUUGGAAUUUGGUUUUUUGAAAAUUUGGGUGCCUUUUGCAUCCUGGAAUGUUAUGUUGUUGGAAAUUGAGGGAAGAGUGACAUGAUGAGUUAUUUGUAGAUAAAGUUUGUUUCUGGCCUGGGUCCGGUUCUGGGUGUAUGUCCAUUAGAUAAGCGUAUAGGGACAGCUCUAGUUUUGGUGUUUUCUUCUCAUUAAAUUCUAGUUUCUAGUGUGUGUGUCCUUUUCAUAGUUUGUUUUGGUGUAAGAAAACAAUCAAUUAUGGCAAUUUUGGUGAACGCUGGAUUCAAAAUUUUACAUGUAAUGUAAUGUGCCAUUUUGAUUGAUUCUUUAGAAAUCAGCUUCAACUUUACUUCAUUCUAAAAUGUAAUUUUAAUUGGUUCAUCAGCAAUCAACGACAACAUUUUUUC